GUGUUCGAAGUGGGCGGCGAAUUCUGAGUGAAAGAGACGGCGAUAGAAGGUUGGAAUAGUUAUUCAAACGGAAAUAUUGAUAUUGAGCAUAAUCAGAGAGAGCACAUGAAAUAUUCUAUACACUCUGACCGAGUAAUAUUUUUAUAACAGUAGAAUAACUAACGACACGCAUUCCAGAACAAACAUAACAAUUUGUUUUGUGUAUUGAGUUAAGCUCGCCGGUAUUGGCUGUCGCGGACGCGCGGAGGUGAAACGACCCCCCUUUUUGCUAGCUCUGUCGGCUAGCCACUAAUCUCGAACUGGCGGGUUUAGACACAGAUCUCAGGUUAUUUCUUUGAAUGUGGAGUACACCCCGCCUGCAGGGUAGUGAUGGGCCUGACCGGGAAGAGAUCUGAGAAGCGCCCUGUGUGCUGGAGGAAACGGGUGAAGUCAGAGUACAUGCGCCUACGGCAGCUGAAGCGCUUUAGGAGGGCCGACGAGAUCAAGAGCAUGUUCAAUUCCAAUAGGCAGAAGAUCAUGGAGCGCACGGACGUUCUGAACCAGGAGUGGAAGACCAGGCGGAUCCAGCCUGUGCACAUUAUGACAUCUGUAAGCUCCUUACGGGGGACCAGAGAGUGCACUGUGGAUAGCGGGUUUUCCGAGUUCUCCAGGCAAGUCAUUCCUCUGAAGACGCUGAACGCUGUGGCCUCUGUGCCAGUCAUGUACUCCUGGUCCCCCCUCCAGCAGAACUUCAUGGUGGAGGAUGAAACUGUUUUGCAUAACAUCCCUUACAUGGGAGAUGAAAUCCUGGACCAAGACGGGACCUUCAUUGAAGAGCUCAUAAAGAACUAUGAUGGCAAAGUCCACGGAGACAGAGAGUGUGGCUUCAUAAACGAUGAGAUCUUUGUGGAGCUGGUCAGCGCACUCAAUCAGUACAGCGACUAUGAGGAUGAUGAUGAGGAAGAUGACCACCAGGACUUUAAACUAGAGAAGGUGGACAACUGUGAUGGAAAGUACGACACGGACGAAUCCCACAAGGACCAGCAGGGCAACUCUGAGAGUAGACCGAACGACUGCUCUAAGAAGUUCCCCUCGGAUAAGAUUUUUGAGGCGAUUUCCUCCAUGUUCCCUGACAAAGGCUCCCCUGAGGAGCUGAAAGAGAAGUAUAAAGAGCUGACGGAACAGCAGCUUCCUGGAGCGCUGCCGCCCGAGUGCACACCCAACAUCGACGGACCAAACGCCAAGUCUGUGCAGCGCGAGCAGAGUCUGCACUCCUUCCACACACUCUUCUGCCGUCGCUGCUUCAAAUAUGACUGUUUCCUCCACCGUGAGUCUUUCCAUGCCACCCCAAACACGUACAAGCGCAAGAACAUGGAGAACCUGGUGGACAGUAAACCCUGUGGUGUUGACUGCUAUAUGUACCUGGCUCAGGACAGCGUGGUGCGUGAGUACCCUGUUGGCCCAGUGCCAGAACGGGCGAAGACGCCGUCUAAGCGGCCGGUCGGCCGUCGCCGGGGGCGACAGCCUAACAGCAGCAGCCGGCCCAGCACCCCCACAGUCAGCACCGACACCAAGGACACGGACAGUGACCGCGAGGGUGGCACCGACGGGCCCGACUCCAACGACAAAGAUGAUGAUGACAAGAAGGAUGAGACCACCAGCUCUUCAGAGGCGAACUCGCGGUGCCAGACGCCGGUGAAGCUGAAGCUGAGCGCGGAGCCGGAGAGUGUAGACUGGAGUGGCGCUGAGGCCUCCCUCUUCAGGGUGCUCAUCGGCACCUACUACGACAACUACUGCGCCAUCGCACGCCUCAUCGGCACCAAGACCUGCAGACAGGUGUACGAGUUCCGUGUGAAGGAGUCGAGUAUCAUCCCUGCUCCUGCGGAAGACGAGGACACCCCUCCCAGGAAGAAGAAGAGGAAGCACAGGUUGUGGGCCACGCACUGUCGAAAAAUCCAACUCAAGAAAGAUGGCUCGUCCAACCACGUGUAUAACUACCAGCCGUGCGACCACCCCCGCCAGCCCUGCGACAGCUCCUGCCCCUGCGUCACCGCACAGAACUUCUGCGAGAAAUUCUGCCAGUGCAGCUCCGAGUGUCAGAACCGCUUCCCCGGGUGCCGCUGCAAGGCCCAGUGCAACACCAAGCAGUGUCCGUGCUAUCUGGCCGUGCGCGAGUGUGACCCUGACCUCUGUCUGACCUGCGGCGCCGCCGACCACUGGGACAGCAAGAACGUCUCCUGCAAGAACUGCAGCAUCCAGAGGGGGGCCAAGAAGCACCUCUUGUUGGCCCCGUCUGACGUCGCUGGCUGGGGCAUCUUCAUUAAGGAGCCCGUACAGAAGAACGAGUUCAUCUCGGAGUACUGUGGAGAGAUCAUCUCCCAGGAUGAGGCUGAUCGCCGAGGAAAAGUCUACGACAAGUACAUGUGCAGCUUCCUGUUCAAUCUGAACAAUGAUUUUGUUGUUGACGCAACCAGGAAGGGAAACAAGAUUAGAUUUGCAAAUCAUUCGGUUAACCCCAAUUGCUAUGCAAAAGUCAUGAUGGUAAAUGGGGAUCACAGAAUUGGCAUAUUUGCCAAGAGAGCGAUACAAACGGGCGAAGAGCUUUUCUUUGACUACAGAUAUAGCCAAGCUGAUGCCCUCAAGUAUGUGGGCAUUGAACGCGAAUCGGAAAUUCUGUGAAGCCAUCUACCUACCUCUUAAACAAAAUGCCUUAAGCCUUUCAGGAACUCACCCACCUACAUGCAUUUCCAAGCCGUUUUCUGAGAUGCUUUUCUUUUGUUUUUGGAAUGGGGACGGUGAAGCGGGGUCUUCAGAAUCUUUGUGAAUUUUUUUUUUUUUAAUAAUUAUUAUUAUUUUAUUUUUAAAAAAGCCCUUUUUUCUGUCUAUCGCUUGUCUUCUGCUCGGAGCGUUCCUCCUACGGAAAGGCCUUCUCUGGGAUUCAUGUACCAUACAAACUUGAACAUUCACAUUCGCGCUGGUGUUUACAGCAGAAGGGGUUCAAAAGGAUGCGUCUGUUGGAUGUCCCAGUCCAUCUUCUACACUCUUUCAUAAUGACCAUUUCACACCGCUACUGAUGGACUUAUCCUGUUUUUUGUAUUUUUGCUUUCCUUCGUUACUUUGGACCAAAUUUGACAGUUCAACUGGUUGCUUUCUCAAGUCAAAAACCCGCUGUGCACUUACAGUUCAACACCACAGUUAAGGUUUUUCGUUUCUGUUUCACAAAAAAAAAAAAGAAGAGAAAAAAAAAAAAAAAAACCAAAGUCACUUUUUAAAACUCUUGCAUGCCAUCUUGCAAGAGCCCAUAGCACAGAGGCAUGCAUUUCCUGGUGUGCUCGUACACAAGGUCGCUACAGACGCGAGGUCGAGAUGCAAAACAGUGUCAACCUUUGCAGUGCCUUCACUUGCUAAUACAACACUGUCUAGUUUUAUCGUCAUCGAUCUCCUCUGACUGGAAAUACAACACUGAGUUUUGUUAGAUGCAUGAACAAAAAGAGGUUUCAAAUAGACCAGAAAUCAGGGAGCUCUUCAUCUUAAUACCAUUUUUGUGUCAACUAAGCAACCGGGCAGCUAGAGGACCUGUAGAUCUGAGGAGCUGAACUGCAGCCUAAUGGUAUUUGUUUGAAGAAAAACCAAGCAAACGAAAUGCAAUCAGUGUAUAAGGAUGUAUUUGGCUGCAGGCAAUAAUACUGGCUUGAAUCAUGUUCAGAAGAUCUUUGAGCUGGAGUGAAGAUGUCUGUAUUUAUUUGUAUUGGACUGUGUACACCAGUUAGGCAUUUUUGUAAUUUAUUGAAAGCUUUCCUAAUUUGCUGUUACUUAACCAGAUAGUGAAUGUUGUUUUGUUUUCCCUUUUCUUUGUUAGCUGGGGUGCAGUCAAACAGGAUUGUUUUUUAAAUUAUUCAUGUAAAUUGGUAUCCCAUGUGCGGUUAUGCCCUUUUUAAACACGUAUUUCCAUUGAUACAAACUGAUUUCUCCUUGAGUUCUUCCUUCUCCCCUGAGGGUUUGACCACUCCACCUCUGUUUCUGCCUCUUGUGUAUCUAAAGGUGCUGAUUUCUUACAUGUUUACAGGGACUAUUGGUGAUAAGUGACUCGUAACAAACAUGGAAAUAAAUGUGUUCCACUGACGUCAGCAGUAUGGGAAUAAAAGACCACACUGAGAUGGUCUUAAAUGUUUUGACAUUAUUAAACCAGAAUUACAACUGAAA